AUGACCAAAGAUUCUGUUGGGGUUUGGAGACUAUUGGCAGUGACAUACGGUACCCCCUACCUCCUUCAGCUCGGUCUCACGAAGUCCAAAACUUCCCUGGUGUGGAUUGCGGGACCACUGUCAGGUUUGAUCAUGCAACCAAUAGUUGGGGCUUAUGCGGACAAAUCAAUAUCAAGAUACGGCAGGCGAAGACCGUACAUGGUCUAUGGGGCGCUUAUUACAGGUGGUGGAUUAUUGCUACUGGGCUGGACAUCUGAAGUUGUCGGCUUCUUCAUCCCUGAAGGCGAUGUGAAGAAGAGCGUGACAAUCCUGGCAGCCAUCAUGUGCAUUUAUGCCUUGGACUUCUCCAUCAACGCAGUCCAGGCAUGCUGUCGCAGCUUGAUCGUCGACACACUGCCCACCUCGCAGCAACAGGCUGGAUCUGCUUGGGCAUCGAGGCUCGUUGCAGCAGGUCAUCUGGCCAGCUACUUCAUUGGCACCUUUGAUCUGGUCGCAAUCUUUCCACCUUGGAUAGGAGGUGACACUCAAUUCAAGAAAAUGACAGUUAUCGCAACGUUAGCCUUGUGGUUAACAGUCAGCAUAACUUGUUGGGCUGUUACCGAGAGAGUGAGGUUACCUUGCGAGGACGACAAUACCUCGGUGAAAGACGUCCUCUUUAGUCUGUGGCGGAAGACAAUUAACCUCCCUUCACGCAUACAAGCCAUAUGUUGGGUGCAGUUUUGGAAUUGGGUUGGAUGGUUUCCCUUCCUGUUCUACUCAAGCACAUUCGUGGGUGAGAUAUACUAUCGCUACGAACAUCCUGCUCCCGAGCCGGGGGUAAAAGAUGAGCACGACGCUCUGGGAAAUAUAGGGCGACUCGGAAGCCUUGCGUUGGUGUUUUUCUCUUUGACCACCUUCUGUGCGUCAGUCAUUUUCCCGUCCCUCAUCAAGUCGCCCGAAGCACCCGAGUCGAAGUUCACUCCUAGACCGCCUGCGUCAAUGCCCAAGCCUUUAAAGGUGAUUUUAGGGAAGAUACACAGCAUCCAGCCCGAUCUCGUCUCUGCGUGGAGCUUAUCGAAUCUCCUUUUCGCCACCAUUACAAUAUUUGCUCCCUGGGUUCGUUCCUUAUCUUCUGCAACCACUCUGGUAGCCGCUUGUGGCGUGCCCUGGGCUAUAUCGUGCUGGGCACCGUUUGGGCUGCUCGGGAUCGAGAUAAACAAGAUGUCUUCAGGUCCUCAUGCCAACAUCAAUGGGUCGACCGUGCCCGGUUACACAGCGGUCCGUGGCAGCACUGACGAGAAUUAUGAUGUCGAAAUGGAAGAUGAGCGACAACAUCGCAGAGCCUUUUCCGAGGGAAUCCUGCAACUUAAUCAUCCUGAUGGAGGCAAUGCCGAUUCUUCAACAGGAGAGCUUGCGGGCGUCUAUCUGGGUGUGCUGAAUGUCUAUACAACGCUGCCUCAAUUUGUCGGCACUUUUGUUAGUUGGGUUGUUUUCUCAAUCCUAGAGCCGAGCCAGCACAAUGAUGUCGCUGACGAAGAUCCCGACCAUCAUCGGUGGCUCAAUUUGAAGAACGGGCCAAAUGCGAUCGCCGUGUGCAUGUUCAUAGGAGCGCUGUGCUCCUUGGUCUCCGCAGAAGCUACCAGACGGCUAAAGCGGUUGAGUUGA